UCAAAUCGAGCAGACCUGUGUCGCUCCGUAGAGCGAGUUCCCAAAAGAAAAAAAGAAUUAUACGAAAUUCCGCCUGUUUUAGGAGCAGAAAAAAGAAUAAUUUUAAACCAACGUACACAAUCAGUUAGUUUCCACCGACAGUCCGCAGAAACCAUUCGACGGCAACGGAACGGGCGCGCGAUUGUCGGCAAUCCGAAAGAUAGCCAAAUAUUAUUGUUCAGACACUCAAAGGGCGUUGAUAAAAGAUCACCCAGACAACUGCAGAUCGAGUGGAGUGUUUUGAAAUCAGUGAAAUUCUGUGUGAAAAGUCGGCUGAAUAAAUUCGAUAAAUACAAGAAAAAAAGAGUUCCCAGCGAAUUUCAUCAGCUGGAGUAACUGAAGUGACCCACCGAACAAAUCGAACACAAGCAACCAAGCACCCAACCAACCAAUCGAUCGAUCAUGUAAAAGGACUUUCGGUUUCGUUACGAGUGUGCGAUAAAAAGCCGGAUCAGUGAUUCCCGGUGCAAAAAGGACUUUUUGUGGAAUAAAUCUAAAAAAAACUGCAGUGGCUAACACAACAACUACAAUAGAAGAACAACAAUUAAACAACAACAACGGGAGCAUCGUCAUAGAUUGUGGCUUCCCUGAAGCAACAACUUCUGUCUGCACUUGGUUUAUGUACAUUUAUAUACACUAGUAUAUACGCACAGAUAUAUAAAACAAAAACGAUCGAUUCUCGUUCCCGCGCGUGUGAUUGUGUGCGUUCCCAUGUUGCAUAUAUAUAUGCACAAAAUAUAUAUGUCUAGAGCCGACUGUUGCGACGACUUUUCUAUAUAAUCGGCUAGUGAGCACCCAGACAUCGAAAAGUUACACAAAUACACCAGCAGAUGCGGGUAUAUACGUAUAGCCAAAGUAGAAGAUAUAUAUGCGUAUAAGCUGAACGCGGCGCACUCUGCUCUGUUUUUUCUUUUAUAAUUACUUUUGUCUAAAAUUAGAAGACGUGUGUGUUGUGUGUGCCCCGUCCGUGUAUCCGUAUCCGUGAGAUACGUUUGAGUGUCCGCGUCUGCUAUAUCGCACAUCAUCAUCACCAAACACCAUCCAACAUCCACCAUCCACCAUACACGAUACACCAUACACCACACACCAUACGCCAUACACCAUCAUCAUCAUCGUCAUCAGAGAUCAGAGAUCUGAUCUGCGGCGGUGUGUGUGCCAGAAAAGACUCGUGAAUCAGACUACGGCUGCGACUACGGCCAACGGCUACGACUUCGACUACGGCUACGGCUACGGCUAUACCAUAUAGACGAGAGAUCGCGUAUACGGCCAGACAAACAUUAUCGUAUAUCUGGCGGCGAGGAUUACAAUUACAAGAGCAGCAACACGUAUACGCACACGACUGAUCGGCAGCCGAAGCUAGAGCCGAAACCGAGUAUCCGAACCCAAAUCCGAAUACGCAAACGAACACGAAUCGAGACGAGACGAGACGAAAAGAUCGCGCGCGUGAAAAACCUCGUGAAGAAAAGUGGGGAAAAAUCAAACGCCACGCGACCUUAGGCCCGUUCAAUUGAGGGGGCGUGCAGCGGGGCGUGGCCGUGCGUCGACUCCUGGCGAUCGCUCAAGUGAAACGCGGCGAAAUUCUGGGCAGAUAACAAAAAUGAGUCACCACAAGCAGCAGCAACAGCAACAACAGCAGCAGCAACAUCAAAAGCAAAGCCAAAACCAACAGCAAAAGCAAAAGCAACUAACGAGUGCGGCCAAGUGUUCAUAAAUUAAUGCUAGGAAUACAGUGUGUUAGACCAGUCCGAAAGACACUAUCCCCCUCUCUAUUCCCCUCGAACAGUCCGUCUCUCUCUUGCCCCUGCUGUCGCUCAAAAUGCUACGAAACUAUCGAAAGUAUUUGCAGGAUAAACGGAAAUACGACAAGCCACAACGACGAGGCAGCGACGGUCACAUUUGUCACGACUAGGCAAAUCGCAAGGACACAGGACACACCAACCCCUCAACAGCAGCAGCAGCAGCAGCCGCAGCAGCAACACCCAGCAAACCGCAGCAGCAGCAGCAGCAGCAACACGCAGCAACAACACUCGCUAUCGAGAUUUUGUACAUAAAGUCGGGGCAAUAGCAGCAACAACUUUGGAGGACGCCAUGUAUGCGCAACAUUUGCGCAAAUGGAGUCUAAAAACAAAAAAGCAACUAAUGCCAUUGAUAUUGCUAAUUAUCAGCUACAUGUUGCUACUAAACACAUGUGUGUCGUCGUCGAUGACGACGCAGCAGCAGCAACAGCAGCGUCAGCAACACCAACAACAACAGCAGCCAAGAUUAUGGGAAGGCAGUGCCAGUGCCGAAGAAAGCAGCUACUAUAUACCACUGACUUCGGAUAAUGGCAGCAGCGGGAGCAGUGAAAGCGCCGAGAGCAGUGGUAGCAGCAACAUCGACAACAAUAUCUUAAGUAGGCUGCUCAGCCGCACCAGCAAUAGUCUUAGUAGCCGUAGCAAUGUUAAGUUAAAGCCAGCAACAGUAUUCGACGCCGGCAGCAGUUCAGCCGCUCAGCAGGAGCAACAUGUUGCUGCCGUGCCAGAGCAGCAGCAGCAGCAGCAACAGCAGCAGUCAAUGCAAAAAGUUCCAAAUACGUUAAUCAAUAGUCAAAUAUAUAAUUUAUUAUUCAAUGGCAUGCCCAUCGAGGCGGCGAGCAGUAAAAUGCGUCGUCACAUUCAACCAACGCAGCAGCAACAUCAGCAACAUCAGCAAGAGAGUUUAGCGCCGCCGCCGAGCAACUACAGCACGCGGGCGGUACAGAGCUAUCUCAUCGAGUCCUACGAAGUGCCAGACAGCCAGCUGGAGGAUCGCAGUCCGGAGCAGGCGGCGCGAAGUCGACGCGACGGCAGCAACACCAACGGCAGCCGGCAGCAACAUCACCCCGGCAAUCGGCAGCAGUUGCAGCAGGAUAAGCGCGAUCAUCGCCGCCAGCGGCAGCAACAGCAGCAGGAGCAGCGUCAACUGCAACAUCAGCACAAGAGCAAUCACCACCAGCAGCAGCAGCAACAGAAUAAGCAGCGCAGGAAGCACCAGCGGAAGCAUCGGGGUCACCAGCGAUCGGAUCGCUACUGUUCCGCCCGGGAUCCCGCCCAGUUGGCCUAUGCGGCGCCCACCGUCUUUCAGGGCGUCUUCAAGUCGAUGUCCGCCGAUCGGCGGGUCAACUUCUCGGCCACAAUGAAGGUGCAGAAGGUGUACAAGCAGCAACAUGACCUGCAACUGCCAACGCUGGUGCGACUGCAGUUCGCGUUGAGCAACACCAGCGGCGAGUGUGACAUCUACAGGGAGCGCCUGUUGCCGCGGGGCCUGCUCCGAUCCGGAAACGAUCUGCAGCAGGCCUCGGAUAUAUCCUACAUGAUGUUCGUGCAGCAGACCAAUCCCGGCAACUUCACCAUCCUCGGCCAGCCCAUCAGGGUCACGCACUCGGUGAUCAAAUCGGUCAAAAUGGCUGUGAGCGAAAAUUAUGCACAGAACGCAUCGAUCACGUCGAUCACCUCGGUGCCGAACAAUACCACCAUCGAGCACGGCCGGGAGCUGAAGAUCGUCUGCAAGGUGUCGGGUCAGCCGCCCCCCAAGGUCACCUGGUUCAAGGACGACAAGUCCAUCAAUCGCAAGCGCAACGUUUACCAAUUCAAGCAUCACAAAAGACGUUCCGAGCUGAUCGUGCGCUCCUUCAAUAGUUCCUCCGAUGCGGGCAAAUACGAGUGCCGGGCCAAGAACAAAGCCAGCAAGACGAUCUUCAAGCGCCGCAUCAUGAUCAAGGCCUCGGCAGUUCUCUUUCCGUUGGACCAGUCGCGCAGCUCGGGCACCCCCUGCCACUUCGAAUUCUGCUUCCAUGGCGGCACCUGUAUGAUGAUAGCGGAUCUGAACGCGGUCUUCUGCAGUUGCCCAACCGAAUUCUUCGGCGAACGUUGCGAGAACAAAAGGCCCGACAGUAGGUACAGCAAUAAUCCCGAAUCAUGCCCAAAUUAUCAUGGAGGUUUUUACUGCUAAAAUAGGCACUUCUAUAGCAUCGAUUGUUUUACGUCGAGUCAAACGCGAGUUAUGCACAAAACCGAAACCGAAUCAAAUUAAGCAAACCGAACUCAGUGCCCAUACCAAAAUAAUGAAUAACAAUAACAUAACAUAAAAUAACUAAACAGAUCUACAAAAUACUACAAACUAAAUAGAUAAAAGCAAAACCAACGAAAUUCCCAUUGCACAUUUCACGGCUAUCCUUCCACAUAGAAGCUUUCUGAAAAGAGCCGAAACGAGAAAGUGAAAUAAACCAAAUAUAGUUGAUAAAGCGACACAACCACACCCAAUCACACAGACAGAAAGUACAAAUACAGUAUGCAGAAUCGGACCCACAAACUUAACUCCAGACACCUAUUCACACUCCACACACCCCUGCAAUCAGUCACUUUGAAAACGACGAACUACAAGUUUUAUUAGAGAACACAUUCCAAAAAGAAACAAAGUAAAGUCUUAAAAACGAAAACAAAGAGUAAACAAAAUAAAUAACUAACCAAGUUAUUCAUAAUAUUUAUUAUUUUGUAAACUAAAGUCACAUUAAGAGCAAUCAUUAAAAACGAGAAUAAUCAAAUAAAUACGAAUAAAAACAAAGGGUGCUAUAGAAGGUUUAUUUUAAAUAGUGUUUACAUAGGAACUUAAUAUAAUUUCAACUCACUCAUCACACAAACCACACCAACCAACACCACAAGUAAAUGUAAAAAAAAACAGCAAAACAAAACAAAAUUAUCAAGCAACUCGAACGGACGGAUAAAAGGACAGGCGGACAGACAAGCGGACAACCAGACAAUUGGACUAUUGGACAAAAGGGAUACUAUCCCCACUUAGUACUGAGAAACUUGUCGAAUCCUUUGGCUCACCCCCACAUCACACAAAAUAUGAAUAUCCAGAUUUACGAUUACAAUCAACAGAGGCUCUCUUAAGUUAGAUACACGAAUAUCCACACGCAUAAACGCUGGCAUCAUCGCCAAAACACUCACCCACAAAAGGCAAUGUACUGACUAAACAAUUGAAACGGGAACUGAAUUUUGUUUUGUUUUCGAUGUAAUUUUUGUAGUUUGCAAAUAUUUAAAACAAACCACAUUCAACUACUCUCCAACGAAUAACCCAUUAUACUCUAUGAUUUGCAAUUAAUUUUAGUUACUACUCGUUAUUAGACAUUAACCCUUGGCUGUAGAUUUUGACAAACCAAAAAAAAAAAAAAAACACCGGAAGAACCCGAUUCAAAUCAAUCAAACCAACAAUUUCAUUCUGCUCCUUGUUUACUUUUAUUUGGUGAUUGUUUUUUUUUUUGUAUUUUUCUCUUGACUAAUCUCCUGCGUUUCCGAUUUGGGUAACUCUGUUCACUAUUACUUCCUUAGUUUGUGCUCGUCUCCUUCAAUAAAUUCCACAGCAAAAAAAGAACUUGAGCUCGAAUGAACCAAAAACACGUAUUUCCAAGUUUUUCCUGCUGAAGGCCUACUCUUCAACGUCCCAUGCAUGGAACUUUUUCCUUUGAGAGCGCAAUUUGAUGCUUGUAGUUGCCCCUAUUUGUGGAAAUGGUGUUAGCCAGCUUUUAGUUAACAGUAAAUGAAGAACUGAAAGAUUAAUUUUUAAUUUUAUUUAUAAUUUAAUCUCUUCACAGAUAUUUUGUUGCAAUCUACGGCCAAAUACAUACCUUAAAUAACGUCUAUUAAUGCAUAGAAUUUUGAUUCAUUAUUUUUAUGAUUUUAUAAACAAAA